AUGUCUGUGUUUGAUACAACAGCCGCAAUGCCGUGGCCGAUUAUAUACAUCUUGUUGGACUUGCCGACCGGCAGCGUACCAGAGUUUCAGCACUGGCUCAAGCAUAAAGAUACACAUGGACCUAUCAGCUCUGUCACCGUCCUGGGACAAACUCUGAUCCUGAUCCACGACGCAAAGAUCGCUCACGAGAUCCUUGUUGAACGUGCAAAUAUACACUCUGGCAGACCCAAGCUGAAGUUCGGGUUUGACUUGGUUGGAUGGAAUCGAGUCAUGGCCGGAAAGCAAUGCAACGCAACCUUUAAGCUGCAUCGGAGAUUGCUUCAUCAACAGUUGGGCUCGAAGACGUCAGUGGAGAGGUACAAUGAGGUUCAGGAAACUGCUGUUGGUCGCUUCUUGUGGCGUGUCAGACAAGACAACGGAGCCGCCUUGACCCAACACCUCAAAACCGAAGCUGGUGAAUUGAUCCUCAAAGUGGUCUACGAUUACACUAUCGAGCCUUUCAAAAAGGACCCGCUUGUCGAUCUAGUUGACGAAGCCAUGGAACAGUUCAGCCAGGCAUCCGUGCCAGGCCGAUGGAUGGUGGAUAUCUUUCCCUUUCUGGCAAACUUACCUAGCUGGGUACCUGGAACUGGGUUCCAGAAGACAGCUGCAGCAUGGAGACAGACUCUGGGAGACGUUGCUAAUGUACCCUAUGACUACGCCAAGCAGCAAGGCAAGAACAAGCAAACCAGCCACGCAGACUUCGUCACAAAAUCCAUUGGACAAGCACAGGACGGAAAGACACUUGACGCAACGGACGAGCAGGCUAUCAAGUGGACAGCAGCAUCCAUCUAUCUGGGAGGCGCUGAUACCUCAGUCUCAACCAUGAACGCCUUCUUCCUCGCCAUGAGCAUGUUCCCCGACGUCCAACGCAAAGCUCAAGAAGAGAUUGAUCGCGUCAUUGGGAAUUCUCGUUUACCCACCCAUGCCGAUCGAGAGAAUCUUCCUUAUGUCAACGCCAUUGUCGAAGAAGCUCAACGCUGGCACCCAAUUGCGCCCAUGGGACUCCCUCACGUCACCGACAGAGAAGACAUAAUCAAUGGCUACCGGAUCCCCAAAGACUCCCUGUUGCUUCCUGCGAUUUGGUGGUUUACUCGCGAUCCUGCUGUAUACCAUGACCCUGAGGCUUUCAAACCUGAACGCUUUCUGCCGCCAUACAACGAGCCUCCGGCCACUGCCUUCACCUUUGGCUUUGGACGUAGGAUCUGUCCUGGUCGUGUGUUAGCUGAUGCAUCACUUUUCUUGGUUAUUGCGCAGUCUCUUGCUGUGUUCAGCAUCAACAAAACAGUUGACAAGGAAGGCAAGGUUGUGGAACCGGUACAUGGUUUUAUGAGCGGUACGGUUUCGUACCCGAAGGCUUUUGAAGUCGGUGUUGUGCCGAGAAGUCAGAAGCAUGAGGAGUUGAUUGAUGAGGUUAUUGAGCGGUAUCCUUGGCAGGAGAGUGAUGCUAAAUAUAUCAUUAAGGCUUGA